CUGCAAUAUCAAACAUGCUUUAAACUUCGUCUUUGUUUUGUCGCUGUUAUUUGGUCAACUGUAAGACCAACUUCACGCGUUGCCCAGUGUGAUUGGUUGAAAUCUCGUGACAAUCAAAGCCGAGUAAUUUUAACCGUGUGUGAAAUUGAAGUUAUUCCCAACAGAACGAGCAACUGAAAUAUACCGUCCGGCGCAUAAAAUGCGCAGAAAUAUUAUGGCUAGGAACGAAUACUCAAAGCUUACUCAAGGCGAUGAAGAAAUUGGCUGUCAGUUUAUAAAGAAGGAAAAAGACAGUCAUGAACAUGACGCGAGAAAGCGUUUGAUUAUAGCUUGCGCUUUCUGUACAGUGUUCAUCAUCUGUGAGGUUGUUGGUGAGUUCUGUGGCUCGAUUAUAUUUAUUUUACCCUCUGAUGUAAUAGCAAACAGUAACAACUAAACAUUUUCACUUUGUCAGUGUGGCGAGAGCCGAUUUUUAUUCAGUGUAUUCUUGACAAAAAAAAAAAACGAAGCCUAUGGUUUUACAUGAUCUUUGCGGAAACGAGUAAAUUUAGCCGAUGGGUUUUUCUUCUCUGGAGUAAGCCGAAUAUCGUAGUCAAAUAUAUCUCUGAAGUUAAUUGUGUGGCGUUUAUUUGCCAUUUAUAUCUCUCCUACUUUGGAGCAUUGACUCUUGGGAAAGAAAAUUCUUAUAUAAGAAUAGAAAAACCAGCGGAGAUUCAAAGGAGUUUCUUCAUUCAACCAAUACACACUCUAAGUUGUCGCUUUUCAUUUAACUAUUUGGUACUAAAUGGUGUUAAAUUGCUUUGACGAUAAAGUGUAUCUCUUGACAACGCAAAUUGUGCUCCAUUCAACUCAUUGAAAAACGGAAAAAGCAAAUUGUAUUUAUAGCAAUAAAAUUGAAACACAAUAGUAUUCGAUUUCUUCCAUAUAGACACUGACCGGGAAACUCAAUCCGUAGAAUUCACGCGAGAACUUUGUAAAAUGAAUUAUUAGUUCGAUAGCUUUGUUUGAAGUUUCGAUACAACGACAAACACACCAUUUGUACAACAGCCGGGUGCAAGCUUCCUAAAAAUGUCAAACAUGCUUUUGUUUGCGAACCUUAUCAGUGUUUUUGUUCUGCUUUCACGGUAUCGGCCGUUGAGUGGCAUUAUGCCCUUACGAUGAGUUUGAAUGGUUUCCAGAGUGUUGAUAUAUUUCAAUCAACACCUUUUGACCUAUCUUUCUGAUCUUCUACCUCGAUUAUGUAACCUUUUAGAAUAUAUGUAUCCUAUUUCCUUGGCUACACGAGGGACUUUCAUCCUUUCUGCGAAACGCAAAUCGGAGAAUUCUCCACGUAGACUAAUGGCACCUUGUCUUUAUCCAAUCAGAAAGCAGUAUUCAGAAAAGCUUUUUAAUGUCCGCGGUGGGUUUAAAUGGUCUCCCUCUGUUUAACCAAUGUGAAACACCUACUUAAAAGCCUUUUGAUCAUUUUUAAAUUGGGAAAUAAAAGAAAUUUCCAACGUUGACCGUUCAUGCCUCGAUUUUUCGGGAGGAUUAAUUAGUCUAAAGGACCUCCGUUUUUCUUUCCUUCUCUUUUCUCUUCAUCUUUUGGUACGUAAAGUAAAUAUGUUCUGUUGUAAGCUUGACGAUGGCGGCUUACUUAUUGACGCCUAUUUACACCUCGUCAGAAAAAAGAGCAGCUAAUUAGUGAUCAUUUAAAAGGACCUCUUGUUGCAGCGUUUAGAUCACCCCUGAUGAAGGCACUAGACAGGAGUGUCGAAACGUUGGGUCUAUGAAUUGUAACUUCUUCGGUUACAUUUAUUAAAUCUGUAAACCAGAGUAGCAUCAAACUGUGUCUGAACAUAAGGUUGUUGAACAUUUCUGUUAUUGUUUAGGAAGUCAUAAGUUAAUUUUCUCCCAUAAACUGCAACCCUUUGAGACAAACUGUCCGUGAGCCACUAUUUAAGAUAGACCGAAUCAAACUUCGAAGGAUCUCAUCUAUUUACGAGUUGAAAGAGAGAAAGAUGAGAACUGAAGAGCUCAACGGCGUAUAAAGAAAUACUUUUAACAUCAUUUUGUCGGAUGUGUGAUCUGAGUCUCCCCUCAAGAUUCGAGCUCACAGACUUUUCAUUUUUGUGAUCUGAAGACUCGUCCAUAAGCAGGCUAUAAAUUAGAUUUAUAUUUGACUAGCUUCAGCGGACUGUUAGAAUCAGAAAUGUCGGAGGCUUUGUGCUCAGAGAGACAACUAGAUCGUUGAUAAAUUUGAAUGGUAUAUGGUCGAGUAUAGAAACAAUUCUCAAACAUUCGUCAAGAGCGGGAUACAAAGAAUAUUAUUUAUUAAAUUUUAUGCUUUUCCCUCUUUGUUGCAGGGGGAGCUUUGGCCAACAGUCUUGCCGUUAUGAACGACGCAAUCCAUCAAUUCUUUGACUUAAAUUCCUUACUGUUAAGUUUGGCUGCCUCGUGGAUCGCAGGAUGGAAACCAAACGACAAUAAAACAUUCGGAUAUUACAGAGCUGGUAAUCCGAUUUUCCUUUCUUAAUCACAUCUUCCUCUCGUUAGUUCUGCUGACAUGUAAACCAAUCAUUAUCAUCUGCUUAUAAUCUCUUGAUGUAAACCCUAUGUAACUGUGUCAUUUUUUCAUUGGCAGAAAUACUUGGUGCAUGCGCUGUAAUAACCACGAUGUGGUUGCUAACCGGCGUGCUCGCAUAUGAAUCAAUUUUAAGACUCAUCCCAGGCCACAGCGGUCAUCACAGUCACAUUAACUCCAACGCGAUGAUAUUGACGGCAGCUUUAGCUUUCAGUGCCAAUAUCAUGUGAGUAUGUAACUCAAAAAGGCAAAUGUUUCUGAGAGGAUACUGUAGUUCUUCGUUAGGAGUUGUUUGCUGCGUCUGCAAAAAGAAUUUAUCUAGGGACUGGUCAUUGUUUAUCGGUGGGGGAGGGGGGUCGCAGGAGUUUGGUUUUCCCACGGUAAAAUUUACGUGAUUCUCUAAUAAAGUUCUAAAAUAUCCCUGUGUUCUCCCCUCAUCGGCAAUUAAUUCUCUAUGGUCUCCACUGUAUACUCUGUUAGCGACGAGUCCCCCCAUCCGCCCCCUCUUCUGAAAACUAUGUGAUCUGUAAUAAUACCUCAAAAAAUACGCGCUGUGCUCGAGUUUGCGUCUGGACUUGCAUCAAAGCACAGUUUCCAAUAUUUUGACGUCUGAAAAUGCUGCGUACCAUUGCGUUUUUACGAAUCCAUCACUGUUUACUCGCGUGCAGAAUUAUUUUCUUGCUGAAUGGUCAUUCCCAUCUUGGAGGCCAUCACCAUCACGAGACGAACAUGACAGUGAAAGCGGCCCUUCUUCACACGCUUGGAGACGUUUGUCAUAGUUUCGCUGUGCUGGUUGGCGCAAUCCUCAUCAAAAUUAAUGUAAGUUAAAAGUACGAGUAUGUGCAUGUGUUGUACAGUUGAAGACACUCUAAGAAAGGCACGCGCAGAGGCAACAAAAGCCGUACUUGUUAACUCAGGCGUCCGGAGACUGAUGUGGGAUGCUGGAGACGUCCUUAUGACGAGAUUGAGUAACUGGCCAUGACUGUGUAACAUAGGGAGGUAUCAAUGCGUUCACUUAUCGAGCUUUUUCAUUUUGUCUUUAUCAUAAAAAAGGGUCUCUACGCAUUCGACUUAGGUUUCAAAGAUUUCUUUCUUUCUCUGAGAACAGCAGUUUUCAGAAUACAACAGAAGCACAGAAGCGUAAUCUUAACAGAAAACUUUUUACAAAUUUUCCACUGCACACUGAUACUUCAGGUGAUAUUCAACGUUCCUGAUGUCUCUCCGUUUGCUUUUCAGCCCUCCUGGGAAAUCGCCGAUCCAAUAAUAAGCCUGGUAGGAGCAUGCGUGGUUCUGUUGUCAACUUGUCCUGUUUUAAGACAGUCUAUCAAUAUUUUACUAGAAGGUAUGGGUUUCCGAAUUUAGAUGAACUGAAUAACUCCGAAAUCCUUGACAUAUUCAGGUGGCCUGUUGCGUUUGACCCCUUUGUUUAUGGCUCAUCUAACUAGCGGGUUCUGUGUAGCUUAGUGUUAGAGUAUUGAAGCGUGAACUAAUAUUUCUCGGCUGCGGUGCUAGUGCCGUUUCUUGUGGUACGUACGAGACGAGGGAGGGUACAAAGAGUCAGACACGCGCGAGAGGAGGUGCGCACAGAGUCGUCUAUCUUUUUCGCUUCUCUGUUUACGAGUGCCUCGCCCCUGCGGUUUCCUCUCACUUUACGCGCACUUUCCUCGAGCUUUCCUUGCACUUUCCUUGUGUCUUCCUUGCGUUUGCUGAGCAUUAAACUACGCUCUCUUGAAUGACGUUUAUUCCGUCUUACUUAUUAUUUACCUAUUAAUAGUUCUAACUGCCUCGUUUUCAGGAGUGCCUUCCAACAUAAGGAUUGCUGACGUAAGAAAAGAUUUGACUAAUACGGAUCAUGUGAUAAGCAUUCAUAAGACGCAUGUCUGGUCUAUAACCACUGGUAAGACGAUCCUAUCGGCUCAUCUGGUCGUAGGUAUGUGUCUCUCCAAUUGUCAGUUAUUAUUCUGCACGCUCCUUCGUCCUGUAUUAACAGGAAGAAACAGAUGUAUAUAAAUCCUAUGCCAUCAUUUUUCGACUCAUCUUUCACUCGAGGAAGAAAAUGACCCUAUUUAAGAGUAAUGAAACUCGGGAUGGUGGUAUAUUGUUCCUUAAAGGUGGAGGUUGACUGAUUAGUUACCACUGAAGUAUUUUAGGUAAAUAGUGGACGAAUGAGACAAGUUUUCUGUCGCAUUUCAAGUAAUACCUUCCGAAGCCGAGGCACGCCAAUGAAAUACAGGUCUUGUAUCAUUUAAAGAUUUGAUCCUCGGCCCCAAACCCUCAGGAGCCACUCCGAAUGGCAAAAAAGGCCUGAAUACGAGUUUGGUUCUCAGCCCAAGAAGAUUGAAACGAAUUUAUUAGGGAAGUGACCAAGCUGAUUUUUCUGGGUGAAAUAUUAACAAUUCUUGACAUUGGCACUCAUGCCUAGUUUAUUACUUCACAAAAACAUAGCGCAAUGGUUUUCAAAUUACAUCAUGCAGAAGGUAGGUCUGUGGGAAGAUGUGGAAAAUAGAAUUUUAUGGAAUGAAAUGGACCCAGGUUUUUUCGAGAAAAAAGGCGACACGACCCCAUGAGGAAUUCCAAGAAGUGUCCCUGAGUUCUCGUCACUGGCUCUUUUGUUUCUCUCGACAGAUUCCAGAGCGAAUGCCAACACUGUGUUAAAAGAGGCAACACGGAAGAUGUGUGAAAAAUAUCAGUUUUAUUACACUUGUUUACAGAUUGAAAUUCCACGUACUGAAUACAGAAUUAAUAUUCAACAAAAUAACAAGACAGAAAAUACAGAACACGACAAUGGAGAUUAAGAAAUCUUUAAACUGCAAACGAAUUAAUAUCAUUCUCGAUUGAGAGUGUUCUGAGUACUCUUAGUUAGCAAAAGUUGUAUAUAAUAGAUCACUUUUCUGAAAAACCUGCAUUUGCAAAUUAAAUUAUUAACGUGUUUAGCCUUCAUGUCUAAUGCAAUGGCACGCACACACACAGGUACUAAUAGGCCACUUAAAAGACUGUAUGGUCUGGGCCUCGGUUGUUAGAGGCAUGGAAAACGCUAUCCACUUACUUAUCCGCUGGAUAACGAUUUAUCCGUUGGAUAGCGUUAUCUGCCCUUUGAACAACCCGGCCCAUUUUUAUUAACUCGUUAGGAAACUUUGAUCGUAUGUGGAACGAGACCAUAUUUUUUCAGAUUAGUGUUUUAUGAUAACUUCGAGUCAAUAGUCUUGAACCAAAUAUAAUGGAUAACAACCUUUAUCAAUAAAGGGCAAAAUUACUGAGCGCUGAUUGGUUGAGAGAGAGGGCAUUUUUUCUUAAUCGAGGGCAUUUUUAGUAAUCAAGAGAGGGCAUGAUUACCUUGUUCAGUUAAAAGCACUUUGUUGUUUUUCUGUUGGCAGAAACGCUCUGUUGAAAUGAGCUUUGUUUUCUAGACUUUUGGCAGUGUAUCACGACACAGUUUUGGAGAAUAAAAUUUCAUUGAAUCGAUUGGUCAGUUCAAUUUGAUUGAUGAUUUGCCGUAGCGCUAAACAGGCUUCCCAGAUAAAAAUAGACUGCGCGCGUGAUUUUCCUUCGUAUAAAUUUUGCCCUUUAUUGAUAAACAAGUAAUCCCAUGAGACCUCGUACUAUUAAGGAUUAAUUACACUUGAGUUUUCAAAAUUUUCCAAAUUGCCCUCGUCGCUUCGCGACUCGGGCAAUUUUGGAAAAUUUUGAGAACUCUCGUGCAAUUAAUCCUUAAUAGUACUUGGCCUCAUGUGAUUACAUAUACUUAAUAUUUGCGCUUCUGAUUAAGGCGUUCCCACGCGCGCGUUCAGCACAUUAAAACAAAAAUGUCUAAAAUUAUUGCUAACCCAAUGCUCUUUUUGCAUAUUUAUCAUUAAAAGAUCACCUUCCAGGAGGAAUGCUCAGAAUAGUAAGAUAGGGCCGAAAAAAAAUCGGAGCUAAGAGUUAAGAGGAGAUUGAAAUAGAGAAUCUAAUUGCGAUUUGACUGCGCUUGUUUGCGGAAUAUCUGCAAAGGAUCAUAUCCUACGCAUACGAAAUUUUCUAGUUCAGGGAAACUCAUCUGAUUUCUCUUCUGUUUGCUUCGCUUUGUUUAACGAUUUGGUCAUUCAGUGCAACACACUCAAACGUCACGCUUAAUUAACUUUCAAAAAAUAUGAAUAAUGCAGCGAAUAAUUAUCUCAACGGUUGUAAAAAAGUGGCGCUUUAUUUUCAAGCAUUUACACACGGAUUCAGAGCGUGCAACGAAUGGAUCGAGAACAUGUAGGCGCAAGAAGCCUUGGAAACGGCUUGCUUUCAAGCUUGCCGUGAAAAUGGCAAAGCUUAGAAGCUUGUAAAAUUACUUUUAUUGGAAAGUUUUGAGAUAUUUUGCCGAAAGUCGAGUCCGAAACUUCCUUCAGAACUCGUGGAAGUGAAUCAGUCAAACAGUAAGCUGAUUUUCAGAGCAUAGUGUUUUAAAAGCUUGGGCAUAAUAUCAUAGACGUAAAUUUCAAAGGUGAGUUUUAGAUAUGGUUGUUUCGAGAGUAUCUAUUUCAAUUUGUAUCAUCAUCAACUAAAAUAAGUUUUAAACUGUAACGAUAUAGAUGUUGACCCAAACGGUUGCUGGCAGACGUCAGGAGUCAAAUUAAUAUUUAUAGCUGUAAAUUUCCUGCCGAAAACAAACUCAAAGACCUUGCCUUGUCACAUCUAUACGUAAAGAUGCAUCCCCAAAUACUAAAAAAUUGCAAACUGUAAAUCAGCACAUUGCAUGAUUUGAUGAGACAAAAGUUUUGCCGUUACGAAAUCUUUAUAAUUAUACAGCGUCACCGAAGAGUAUGCACUCGAAAUUUUUAUAUUUUGUUUAGUUUUGGUAUUAGAGCUAAUUUCCCGACCAGGAAGAUAAAAUACGCUCUUCUAAUAUAACUGUCGGUUUUCAAGCCUUGUUUACUAUUUUGCAUCUCCUCAAUUCAGUUUCCGCCAAAUUUCUCUAAGUAUGGUUUAAUGUGUUUACAUAAUCCUUUUGCUGUAAUGUGCAUUUUUCCAAGCUGCGCAAAGGUCUGUGAGGAACUAAUUCAUUUAGGUUGCACAUAGUAUUUUACAUACUGAGGUAUUUAAUAGAAGUUGGAACUCUUAAACAGAUUUCUUGAGGUUUUUAGCACAGUGAAAGGAAGUUAAUUGAUUUACAUGUUAAAUUAGGAAGUUAUUAUUCAAGCUUUAAAUUGGCGGGAGCUUUCAUGAACUCCCUUUUCUCAGAAAUAACUCGUUUAGCGAUUCGUUUCAAUUCGAUUUUUACUUUUUAAUUAAACUAAUCUAUGUAAAAUUUCGAACUUGAUCUUUCACUUGACGAUGAGUUUCAGUUUGGCGAAAUUCUACAAAUUUAGAGCCAGUUUCUUCCAGUAGACAAUGGUUUCUUUGUUAAAUAAUUCGAAAUCAAUCAGCUGUAAAACGCAGAAUCCUUACAAAUUAUACCUUACCACAAAGCCUAAUUCUAACAAACAUUGCAUGUAUUUUGUUCUCCUUCUUUUCAGUUAAAAAAAAAAAUAACUGUCCUGUCGAAAUAAUUCUCUUCUGUCAUUUGGCGGGCGUGAAGUCACUGCACUGAAAUAUCGAUAAACAGUAGUAAAGACAAAGUUAACAAAGAAAACUGAAGGAUUUCAAGCGAAACAAUAGUUUUACUAACUAGCUUAACAGUGUAAGACUCCUGGAGUGAUACUUUACGAAGAUAUUAAGGAGAAUUAUUUGAAUUAAAAACGUUUGCUCGUUUUUCAGUACUGUCUCUGCUGAAAAGUUUGCGCAUGGAAAGUACACAAAUUUGAUUUUCUAAGUCAAUAGACAACAGUUUUUCAGGCAAACCAACUAAGCUAAAAUUUCAAAUUUUUGGUCUCGAUUGGAAACAAAUUUAGAGAGAAGAUUUGCGCAAUAAACUUUAUAAUAAAUUUUGCCAAAAGAUAUGUUAAGGUCGGAUUGUUUUGGCGCUAAAAUAAUGUCCUAGUUGGAAUGAAAUUACUCCUUAAUUAUGAGAAAAUAUAAAUAUGUCCAGAGGCAUUUAUAAAAUGAAUGAAAUACUCCAAGCGUCCUAAUUUGGCAAGUUAAUUUUAUAAUACAAUUGACCGCGCACUUUUUAUCGGUUUACCGGCAUAAUAACCCACUUAAAAUUUUUUGAAGAACACUCGAAAAGUUUGUGAGUCAGUAGCCACCGGCUGGUGAUUUACAAACAGUUUCGAGUGUUUUCCCAGCAUCAAGCGUGAGUUAUUACGCAAGUUAACUGAUUUAAAGUGCAGCCUUUUGCUUAAUAAAGAUGUGAAUAAAGCCUAAACUGAUAUGUAUUUUCACUCAGUAACCCUGAGUGCACCUGUCGAGCCUCUGUCGAAAAGUUUUCAGUUCUCUUCCACUCUGCACCUCUUAUGCUCCUGUAAAAGAACACCAGAGAUCUUUGCCAAGGUCUUUCUAGAAUUUUUAUACAGGGAUUCUUCCUCUUAAUUUUGACUCUCUUGUCUAAGAUUAAAGACCAGUACCCCUCUCUAACUUGAAAGAGCUUCCGAUCUAAGGAAGAUACCAUCCUGGCAUGGUCAGUGGUUUUGACUAUCAGAGUUUAAUCUCUUUGUUUCUUUCAGAGUGAUUCAAGGCAAGUUCACAUGGCCUUGGAUUUAGCUGCGGUUAUAGUGGUCAGCGUUGUUCUGUCGUUGUUAAUUUGCCUUUACAUUGCCUUAACGAUAAGGUUCGCACUGAGAAAGGCUUCGGGGAGGAUCUCUGAUGAUGACCGAAGGAACUCUUUCCUGUAUCAUACGGCAGCAUGGUACCCUUUCGGCGUGGCAGACACUAAGUGCAUUCCAAUACAGCCCAGAACAUACGAUGAACUCAGAAGGGUAACAUUUCUUCAUAUCGUAUUAUUCGUUAUAUGAUAAGCUAAAUUGCACACGCAUUUUGAUUGGUCCUUACUUAAGAUCUUUCGGAGGACCGAAAUCAUUACCAAGAUUUUGCAUUUUUAUAACUUAAAACAAAAUAAUUUCAUGUUGCCAUGGGUCUUUACUCUAACAUUUUGACGUCAUCUGUGAUAUAAUACCGAUCAGACCCACGUUAAAAUGGAAUCUUUUUGUUAAAUGAUGGUCUACCGUCAGUGGUCAGCGACUUGUUGUGAGCUCUUGAGAACACACGCGAGAUAGAGGGGGUUUUUCUGUCAUAUAAAAAGCAUCAAGGUACGAAAAGCUCACUGAGUUUUGCCUGGUUCCGUCACCCAGUGCCUUCUUCCCAAAAGUAUACUGUGAGCUGAUUGCGUGAUGAGCUCUCUUUGGUUCUCAGACUCGCAUGAGCGACAAACUCCUCAAAAUUUCACCCCGUAUUUAGACUGGAAUUGUGAAGCGAUGACAACUGAAAUCAUUGUUCGACGUCGCACGGGCGUCAGAUUGCUUGAAUCAUCUCGAGUAAAAGGCGGCAAAAGACUCCCUACCCAUCACACCUCCCGCUCCCCAUGUACAGCGGACUUUCUAUUGCCCCAAAUUAAGAAUGAGUCGUAUAUUGUCAAAAGUGAUAUCGCUGUUUGUGUUAAACUUUUUGAGAGCUCCUUUGAAAGCUGCCUUAACAAGUUGAGUGCUCUUUUAAUUAUUAUUGUCAUAACAUUAUCAUUAUCAUUAUUAUUAAAUAAUGUAGGUCCAUAAGUGUAAAGAUUAUUUUCAGAGCGAAGAGAAGCUGGUCGAUUCAGGAUCAAUGAAAAUUCCGCCGGAGAAAAUUGCUGGAAAGAUCAAACUGUCGCUUCAGUAUGAUUAUAUGAGGUAACAGAGUAAUGCAGAGUUUCAAGUACUUUCUAGUAGACUUUUAUUGUAUGUGGGAUGUAAUUUCUUCUUAGGUGGAUGAUUCACAUUUCAAUGAUAAGAAUAUUGAAACUCAGACCCAGGGAACACUGAUCUGAGGAUCUCCUCUCGGUUCAGUUUUCCUUGCUGGCAUGACAUCACAGCUCACGUCUAAACAAGAGCUUACAGUUUUCAGGAUAGCCUUGUUCUAGGCUCUUGGUCGGGAGGGAGAGAUCAGCUACAAAAAAUAAGCGCUAAUGAGCAUCUUUUACCCAGAUCUCCUCUCCGUUUUGAAGACGGAGAAGACUUGGGUAUGAAAUAAAAGCCAGCGCACGUAAGACACAUAACAUUUGCUUUACUUCCGGUCCUAUUCACGCCCAGGUCCACUCUCAUGGCCACCGUCCACACAGUCGACCUACAUGAGCUUCCUUCCACUCUUGACGCCAAUUAUUACGUUACGAUGAAGAUCCUGCCGCUGAACCAUCGCUCGUUCCAGACCAAAGCAGUCAAAAGGGACAAGAGUCUCGACUUCUUAAAGGAGACGUUUGAAUUUCGAGUUACGUUCGAGAAACUUCACGCUCAAAGUUUGAAGAUGACGUUAUGUUGUUUCGAUCGAUUUUCCCAGCAUGAGCCUAUUGGUGAACAGACAAUACAUCUGGCUGACCUCGAGGCCCGCGGGCUCAGCCUCUCAAGGGAGAUAACGUUAUUGCGUGACAUUCAUGCAGUUCCAAAGGUAAAAUUUGCUGAUUUUGUCACUUGUACCCAAGCUCUCGGUUGGUAGAAACGAGAGAAGUGAGCGUGGGGUAAGCAGCCGUUUCCAGAACACCCGCAACCACCAUUUGCGCGGGAAAUUGGCGCGAGGCCGACCAAAUUGAUCUCCUUACAUACGCUUGACAUUUGACCGCUGUGUUUUCCCAAACCCUUACUUUGGAAUAGAGUUGUGGCGUGCCUUUGUCUACUAACGUUUUUUUUAGUAAGCAUGGUCCCACUCACUUUUGGUGAACAUUUAUGGGACAACGUUGUGAUGUUAUUCCCAUCGCUCGUAAGGGCUCGUUUGCAUCAUAAUCUAUUCUUCAUCGUAUCAUAAUUAUAUUCCUCUGAAUUGCAGGCAUCGGGUGUUCUUGGGGAACUGAUGAUAUCCCUGGGGUAUCUAAGGCUUACUGAAAGAUUAACGAUAGUUGUAAUAAGGGCGAGAAACCUUCCUGUAAAUGAAGACAAAGGAGAUCCAGGUAAGUGACUCUGAUGAGAUUUCUGUCCAAGUUUUUAAACCGCAAUUUUAUAUUAAUAAUCUCGUGAUUCUGUUUCGAUGAUACUUGAUGUCGGUCGUAUGGUUAGUGAAUUACUGCAGGGGUUCAACGUUUUCUAGCACUUCCCGUUCGUUGAGGUCCAGUUCAGGAAUGAUCUGUAUUCUCUGCUACUGCCUACGGGUAGAAGUAGCAGUCUCCCUACCUCACUCCCCCUCGUCCUCUUUAUCGCCGGCCAUGAACACAUCCAAAAGCCAACACAUCCGAAAAACCUUUGGAUGUGUUGUUUUCGAAGCGAGUGAGUAACGAAUGUUCACUUAAUAACACUGUUUACAAGACAAAUUAUGAGGUGUGAGCCAAUCGAUAUCAGAAUGGAGGGUGGUGGCCUUGUCGCUGUGAGAGUGAUGGGGUGCACAAGACCAGAUUGAAACCUUACGCAUACAUAUUCCAAUUUUUGGAUGUUGUUCUUUAAGUAUCAUUUUCAGGUAGCAAUAUAUUGGUUCAAAAGCAGCCCGUUACUUAACAUCUAGUUCUUCUCUUUUAGAAACAAAACUUUAAAUUCCAAGCUCUCGCUAAUCCACAUACUGGUUUCAUGUUUUUUACCUUGAUUGUUAUAGUCAUUUGCGUUUUGCUUGAAGUUAUUACAACCAAAUCCUGAAAAGAGUUAAACUCUAGUUCUAAUGAGAAAUAAAGUUACAACCAAAGAGGUUUCUCAGUAUCUGGUUUAAAUUACAUUAAUUGGCUUAAACCUUUCUUUUUUGACAGCUUCAUACGUCGAGGUCUCCCUCAUUCACGAAGGACGAAUCCUAAAGCAGAAAAAAACGGUCGUUAAGGAAGAAAACAGAAGUCCUGUGUUUAACGAAACCCUUACAUUUCACAUCCCUGUUGGUAUCCUUCAUCAAACAAGUUUUAUGUUGUCCGUGAAAAGCCAGACUCUAAAGAGGACAGAGGACGAUUUACUCGGAAAGAUUUUUCUCGGCCCAUCAUCCACUGGGGGCGAAUUUGACCACUGGAAUGAGAUGAGGAUUAACAACAAACCAAUAGCACGCUGGCAUAAGCUUCUUGAUUGACAAGCGCGAUAAUUCAGAUGGAUUUCCAUUUUACAUCAGCCAUGAAAAUGAAAGCUUUCAAAUAGUUAUGGUGCUUAACGUUGUAGUUCAGUUAUAAUUUCGAGAUUUAGAAUUUUAAGUCAGCUUGCAUUUUCAAUUUUUACUCAUAUCAAGUGAGAUUUUUUUAUAACUUUUAUUUUUUUUCGUAAACAUUAUAUUUGAAGUUUUAUAUAUACAAUUAAGUCAUGCAAAGUUAUGAAAUAGAUUAAAGGGGUAAGUUUCUAAAGAAAGUGUGGUGCUGCGUCGGUGUGGAAGUAAACAAGAUGAUUUGGUUUUAUCACCUGAGUUGAUAAUGUAAUUUGACCACCG